UAAUGAAAGGUGAACACCAAUCAGAGGGUGCGGCUUAAUUGCUCUGAGCUGCAGGUGAGAACUUCCUGUACUUCUGUUAAAUUAGAUUUGCUUGUCUGACACCAAAUAGGCAGGGGGAAAGUUACCUGAACGAUUCUCUAGCACUCUGCCUCCACAAGGUACACCGACAGGACACCACAGGUUGCAGGCUUAACUCAUUCUCAACAUUUUCGCUGUGAUUUGCACUGAAACCUCCAACGACUGACUUAUUUAAAGAACGCAAGAGUAUUUCCUUGUUGCGAGGAUAAAGAUGUGUAUAGUUGGUUUGUCAUCCUGAGGUCGAAUUGCAUUGGAAUUCCUAAGGUUAGUUCUAAGGUAAUAACAGUUCAGAAGAUCACAGAGAUUUGUUUGGUGACCUGUCCAUUGGACUUUCCUAAGGGGGUGAAGUAUGGUAGUCAGAGCCAACAAGAUCCAACAUCUUAUAGGUUUUGUCCUGCUUUGUAUUGCAUUAUACUGCAAUGUUGCGAGUUCUGGAAGUGGAGAUAAUACAACAAUGUCCUAUGACAAUAUGACCAUGGAUAACAUGACAUCGACUGAAUCUUAUGAAAAUAUGACAGUAUCCGAAAUGGAACUACCUGUAAAUUUUUCCUGUCAGACCUUCAAUUGCACAGGCUCCAUGUGUUAUGAAAACCAGGAUGACUGGAUGGAAUGUCCCUGGACUCACAUGUACUGUGAGUUUUACAGUGUCUCCAACUCCUCGUACUGGGCAGGUUGCAGUAACAGCUGUGUUGGCACGGAAAACAUCUGCAUGGAUUCCACAUACAACAUGUGCACAAUGGAGUGUUGUAACGGAACUCUGUGCCUGAUGCUAAACGGCACAAUUCAAGAAAUACCUGUUGAUUAUGUUACGGAAAUGACUGAACCUUGGACUGAAAUGACUGACACCACUAUGGAACCAGAACCAACACCAACACCAACACCAACACCAACACCAACAACUGCUCCAACAACAAGAGGCAGUGACAAUAAGUGCGAUGUGAUCAGCUGUGGUGGAGAUACUUGCUACCAAACCCAAGCUUCACAAAUUGAAUACUGUGCUGCCAAUGAGCUGUACUGCAAGCUGGAAAAGGAGACAAGUUCCAGCCAAUGGACUGGUGGCUGCGACGCCGACUGCAAUACAAUCACAUCUGGCUGUUCUUCCAACGGCAAUGCACAAACGUGCAUCCAGGAGUGUUGCCCAGCAACCACUGAGUCCUCCUGCCUGACAUUAGACGGACAGGAAUAUUUAGUGGGAUCUGCAAGUAUGACACAGUCUAUGAAGAUGAUUGUGUAUGCAAUUGUUAUCUUUGCCUUGGCUAAUCAUUUUGCACCCUUUCAUUUUUAAAAGUAGGAGCCAGGAAUUCACACCAGACUUUAUAUAUUCAAGGCAUAAUUCAGACAUCAGCAUAAAACUGCAUAAGCCUUUUUAUGUCAGUAUUCGAAAUGAGCAGAUAUUUCUGUGAAACUUUAUAACCCUUGAUAUAAUUAAAACACCAGAUUCCUCCACCCACAAGUAGAUUUUAGUAUAGAAUAUCUGUUUCAAUUCUGAGUUGAGGUAAUAGUUCUCUUUGUUUCUCUGACUCGGUCUCUGACUCCCUCUCGCUCUCCCCCUCUUUUUCUAUCUCUCACUCAUUCUCCCACUAUGAGCACCAAUGCUAAUAAGAUCAAGGGUUUCAAGUACAAUUACUGGGAAGAGAACUGGAAAAAAAA